CAAUAGCGCGAGUGAGCGUUUCAAUUUGAGAUUCAAAUAAAAUCUAACAAUUUGUAUAGAAACCAAAUUCAAGCCUCACAACCCCCAUGGAAUAACCUGUCACAUGAUGACCCCUCCACGGUAGACCUAAUUAUAAAUAAGCGUAGCGACAUAGAAGAUAGAGAGAUAAUCCCUUAGCUCAGAGCAAUUAAUUCCUCAGUUCUGUGUGAUUAGUUCCUCAGUUCUUAGUGAUUAAUUCCUUGGCUCUUGGCGAUCAGUUCCCCAAUUCUUGGCAAGUAAUUUCUUUGUUCAUAGCAAUUAGUUCUCAGUUCCUAUAGCUCUUAAUUUCUCAGUUCCUUUGCCUUUCAAUUCUUUAAUUCCUUAGUUUUUCAGCUCUUAGUUCCUUUAGCUCUUAGUUUUUUUGCUCUUAGUUCUUAAGUUCUGUAGUCCUUUAGUUCUUUAGUUUUUAGUUCUUUGUUUCAUUAGUUCCCAGUUCUUGUCAGUUUUGUUAAUCGACGUGUUUGCAUCUGUCAAUUUGUAAAUUAUUGAAAAUCAAUUAAAUUAAAAUCUUGUAAUUAAUAAGAGUGAAAACGUAUCGCGAACGAUUGUAACUUCGAGUAUUCGAAAUCUCAACGACAAUUCGUCAAUACCCAAUUAGAAUUGGAAUAAACAUUUGUUGUGGAGAAUAUUUGUCUAAUAAUAUAAUAGGAUUAAGCGAACAUUUAUUUUCACCAACUUUAAUCCUCUCCCGUGCCAGUAUUCCUGCGCGUAGCAGGUUAGACGAAACGUAAAGUUUAAUUGCCAAUCGCAUUAAACAUUAAACAACGCUACCAUUUAAUCUAAAUUAAAAAAUUAAUGGCAACACAACCAAAACGAACCAAACAAAAACGUAACAAUAUAUAGUUUGUGGCAUAUAUUAGUUUGUAAGAAGAAUUUGUGCAAUUUAAAAAAUCAUAUAUUUUAUAUGACUGUAAUAUAAUAAUCUCUUAAAAUGUAAAUGUUUUUAUUAAUAAUAGUUCAUAAAGUGAGCUGUACAUUUAGUUUACAUUUCUAAAUUUGUAUUUUCCAUUUUACCACCUCUAUUUUCAUCAAUAUUUAAAGUUAUAUAAUGUACAAAUUGCACCAAUUCUUUUUAACCUAUUAAAUUAUAAAUUGAAGUUCCACAAAGCUUUAGAAACAUUAACUUAAUAGACUUUUAUAGUGGCUUGUAGGCUUAUAUUAUAAAUAAUAAUAAUGUAAAUUAUACAAAUGUUAAUUCGUAAUAACAAUAAAAUUUUAAAUUUUACAUAUUAAAGAAAUUGCUAUUUUUUCCAAAAGUUUACUUUUUAGUUUACCUUUUUUUAUAAGCACAAUUAAAAGAAAUGUACGCGUUUCUAUAAGAAAGUUUUGGUGAAGCUUUUAUUCAUAUAUGGAAACAUUGUUAUAAUAUGAUUUACAAAAACACAUGCUUUGAUGUGAUAAUGAAUAAUGAAAUUGACAAAAUGAUUUAGAUAUGGAAUUUAGUCAGCCUCAUUAAUAAUGAAUAAAGCUUUCAAAAAAAAAUUCAUUAAACGUAUUAUCAUUAUACAACUUUAAUACCGAUUUUAAAACAUAUUAUAUAGUUUCUAGUAAUCGAAUUGUAAAUAUAGUAAACAAAUAAUUGUGUUAAGUUAUGGAAACCGUUUAUUUAUACUGGUCGGGGGAGUGUCGGAAAAUUCAAAUUCGUCUUUGUUCGACGGUUGCACGUAGCAGCGACAUUGUUUUGCCCGGAGUUUAUUUAUUAUUACAUUGCGUGUAUCCUAACGAUCUUGAUACUCCGAGACAAAACAACAACAUGAUUUGAAUUGUCCUCUAGCUCGUGUGCCGCUACAUAUAUCCUAACAAUAUUAAUACUCCGAGGCAAAACAACAGCAUGAUUUGCAUUGUCCUCUAGCUCAUGUGCCGCUACAAAGUUCUUUUUCCAAUAGAAUCACACUGUUUUCAUAGUUUUCAAACACGUCUCCAUCGCGUAUAAGUAGCGUUUGCUUAGAAUAACGUCGUUUUUGUAUCUCACAACCUUACUAAGACUGUAAGUUGAUUUUGCGAGAAACGUUUUUCUAUAGUGGUACACCAUUGUAUAAAUAUCUCAAUACUUGAUCGUGAUCUUUAUAACCGCGGACGCUAACAGAAAAUUAUUUUACGUGAAGAUACAAUUAUAGAAAUUGAUAAUUGUUCGACUAAUUAAAUUACGUCGGAUGAGAUUUAAAUUCUAGAGAAAAAUGGUGCGCCCGGGAGAAUAGAUGGCGUUAAACGCAAUGAUUUAAAUUAAACUGAAAAGUCGUUAUGUACUUUCGAGGGGCAAAACUUCCACAAUCCCGCUCGUGACACGAAAUGGAGAUUGUCGUUUCCCUUCGUUUAACGCAUUUUGCCAUUGGAAGACACUAAUUUCUGUGACUUGUUUUAUCUUUGUUGUAAAAGUUUAUAUUUACAAUUUUGUAGUUUUUAUGCAAACGUAAAAGAUUUUAAAUAUGGGUACUAGAUCAAAGGAUCGGAUUAAAGCAAUGAUUACCAAAGAUAUAUCAAAUAUACAUAAUUAUUGCUUGGAUGUUAAACAAUCUAUUAACGACAAUCUUGAAGAUACUUUGGAUUAUUUACGUGGUUUAAUUGCUCAAAUACCACAGUCAGCCUCUGGUCCUUUAAUUACAAAGACGCCAAAAGUUUUGAAGAAGAAAGGUGUUCAACGUAUAGAGACUAUCCCCGAAAAUGAUAUUAUCAAUAUUGAUAAUACAGUAUCAGAUUCUAUUGCAAUACAUGAUAAGACAGAAAGUAAAGAUACAAAAACUGAGGAUGUGGUAGAGACAACAAUUGGCAGAGCAAAAAGAGAGGCUUCAAGGAAGGCUGCAACUAAUAUUAAAAAACAGCAGUCAAUGUCACUUGCUACAAAAUUACGAAGGCCGUUACCUCUUGACGAUGACAGUAAUAUAAAUAGGAAACGUGAAAGCCGAUCUAAAAGAAAGAAAAGUGCUAGAAGUAGCUCAGAUGAAGAAACUACGCAAGGCCCUACAAAAUAUAGUAAAACAGAACAGAGUGUUUUAAGCGAAACAAUUCCACAGAAGAACACAGGUACUUCACAGGACCAUCUGUCCAUAAAAGAAGAUGCAUUGCAGCCAGAAAAGAUCGAACCGUUAAAGUCUUCGAUGACAACAAGAAGUAGUAAUAGAAAGAGAACUUUUUCGCAGAGUGAAAACACAAAGGGUAAAAAUUCUAAUAUCAUUGAUGAUACAGUAAUUGCACCAACAGGAAAUGAUAUUGAAGAACCUUCAAUGUACGAGGAUGCACUUGAGAAACCUACUCCUAUUAUGAAUUCGACGAUGAACGUCAAUUCUACUUAUACGCAGAAGAUGAUGAACGCUACCGUAAUUUUAGAACCUUUAUCAGCAAAAAAAUUAAACGAAACAGUAGUAAUUAAUAAAAACGUGGCUAAUAGUAUAGACAAAAAUAAUGAACAGAAAACAGUCGAACCAAAGGCUGAAUUUGUGUCUCCCAAAUUACCUAAAUUUACAUCACGGUCGUCGAUAGCUUUGGAGGAAAAGAUGCAGCAGGUAAAAGAAGCGAUGACAAACAAAGAGUUCGAUGAAUUACUCACAGAAGAUGAGUCAUCGCCUGAAGUGAAAAAGUCUAAAGGAAAUGUUAAGAAACAAGAAAUUAAAAAGCGACAAAAACGGCAGAACAGAUCCAUGACAUCGAGCGAAGAUGAAAUACUUAAUACUCCAACAAAACCUUCUUCGAAGGAAAAGAGUACAAUUACAGGAUUAAAAGAAAUAAGAAACACGUAUAAAUCGAAUGCUCUGUUCAGUCCAUAUGCCAAGGAAUCUGUGAAAAAAAGAGUCGAGGCAUUCGAACAGGCAGGCAUGAACACUCCAAAGCUUGCUGUUCAUAUUGAUGCACCAACUAGAGUAACCAGAACAAAAACACGUGCUACUAGAGCUGCUGCACAAACAGAAGCUUCAGAAAAUGCAAAUAUUACAGAGAAAGCGGUUGUUCAAAAAUUAGCACGAAAGUCGCUUGCAAAAGCCAAAAAAAUUUCAUUAGCAAAACAGAAUAAGGAUGCCGAUGAAUAUAAAGAGAACAAAUUACAAUUAGAACAAAAGGUUAAUAAACUAGUUUCUGUUGAGAAAAUGAGCUACAAGCAGCAACAGAAGACAACCCCAUUAAGCAAAAUAAGAACUCAGUUGCCAAUGUCUGUUAAUCGUGUUCUUCAUACUCCAGCGAAUCAAACUAAUAUGAAUCACAAUAGGGCUUUAAGUGCAACGCGUACAAAUAUUAUUACAUCGGUGGAAUCUUUAAUCCAAGCUCCAAAGUCAGUCAGUAAACGUAAUUCACUGGAUAAAGUAGUAGACGAAAAGAAAAGAAAAUUGAACGACGAGGAUGCGAAGAGAAAACGCGAAGAGGCGCUAAGACUUCAAACGGAAGAAAGAAAAAGGAAAAGACAAGAAAAAGAAUUAAAAAAUAAGUUAGCCAGAGAGGCAAAAGAAAAGCAAGAUAUGGAAAAACGUCAAAAGGCUGAAAAAGAAAGAGAGGAAAAAGCACGUUUAGCACAACAAAUGCAAGAAAGACAACGCGAAGAAAUAGAGAAGAAACGUUUGGCUCAGUUACAACGUGCUCAGGAAAAGGAAGAAAGAAGAAAGCAAGAAGAGCAACAGCGCCUACAACGUUUACAAGAACAAGAAGAAGCGGAGCGGCUAUUAGCUGAACAAAGACGUCGAGAACAGGAAGCUGAAAGGCGAAAAGAAGCCGAAUUAAGAGCUCAACAACAAGCUGCAGCUGAAGCAAUGAGAACUAAGCAUCAGAUGCUUAUAAAAUAUGGCUCCAAACAGCACGGUGGUCCAACUACUUACGUUUUGGACAGUGAACCUGACGACGACGAAUCAGACGAUGAAUCCAAACCAAAGCACGCAAUUCCACAUUGGGCACAAUCGUACAUACGUAAAAAUCAACUUGCCAUGCAACGAUAUAUUCCGGAGAGAGCAGUCUAUAAAUUCUUUGGUAGCAGAAAGUGCACACCGGAUCUAACUCAAAUGUUUCAAAAUAUAGAUAGGAGUAGAUUACAACGAACGUCCAGUGCAAUAUGGAAGACACCACCACGUUAUUCCAUGAUGGAAAACGAAUAAAAGGCAUAAUUUGUUAAACCGAAUGUUGUUGAUUUUAUAUUGUGACUUGGAGCAAGGAUAGUUGUCAUACCUUGCAUGUAAUAUAGAAAUGACAUUACAUUGUAAUUAUCAUUAAAAUAUGUAUGUGUUCUUGACAUAUCAAUGAACGUAAGACUAUUUCACUUUUUAUAUUUUAGAACGAUUAUAGACAUAUAUUAUUUUUAUUGUACUAACCAAAUUUUACCAUUUUUUCUUAUUUAUAUGUAUUUUCUUAAUUUUACUAAGUAAAGUGCGACUUUUUAAUGAGAAGUAAAUUUUAUUAGAUUUGAA